AUGUUUGCCAAAAAGGAUUCCGGGACGAUUCGACAGAGAUUAUCCGAGAGUCUGCUCACUGGUUCGGGUCGGAAUACACCACAAUGUGAAGUGUUCCGAGCCGAAGACAAUCUACGCACACCAAUAAAGAAAGAAUACUUCAUGUUAGGAAGAAGCAACUGCAGACGGCUUCAAUGGACACGAAAGGGGCUAUGGCUCCGGAAGUUGACGGAUCUUUUAGGUGGAGAUGACGGAGGUUACCUAGGGCCCGAUGCUAGCGCCGUACUUGCCGGGUUUAGUGAUAUUGCAACAGGCCUGUAG